GGUGUUUUUGUCAGAUACACUCACGUGACAUGCUCCAUGAUGCUAAGAUGGCCUGCAUUCGAUGUCACUCGCAAUCCAACCAAUAUAAUAUAUCGCAAUGGCGAGAAGGGCAGACUUCGUAACCUUGACCAUACUCCGAUCCAAACCUCGUGGGAUCCGGGAGUUAGGUGUUCAAUAAGCCGACUUGAGCAGACGCGGUACUGGGGCAGCUCCAAACCUCUACAAACCCCUCUCCGCCCUUCUGGUUCUUGA